UGCGCGGGUCUCGCUCGCGGAGGGGACGGCGGCCAUUUUGUUCGGAGCUGGGUCUGCGCUGAGGGGGCGGGCGGGGGGGACGGAGAGAGCGAGGGAAGACGCGGAGUAGGAAGGGCAACAACGAGACGGAACGAGGAGAGGGACGUGGGGCCGGCCAAGCCGCGAGCGGAGCGGCGGGGAGGGCUCCGCCCGGCCACUGAGAGGCGAUGGCGGACAUAGACAAGCUCAACAUCGACAGCAUCAUCCAACGGCUGCUGGAGGUGCGGGGAUCAAAGCCAGGCAAGAACGUGCAGCUCCAGGAGAAUGAAAUUAGAGGACUGUGCUUGAAAUCCAGAGAAAUCUUUCUGAGUCAGCCUAUUCUGCUAGAACUUGAAGCUCCACUGAAAAUCUGUGGUGACAUCCAUGGACAAUACUAUGACUUGCUCCGACUCUUUGAAUAUGGAGGUUUUCCACCAGAAAGCAACUACCUGUUCCUUGGAGAUUACGUUGACAGAGGAAAACAAUCUUUAGAAACAAUUUGUCUUCUGUUGGCCUACAAAAUCAAAUACCCAGAGAAUUUCUUCCUCCUCAGAGGGAACCACGAAUGUGCCAGCAUCAAUAGAAUUUAUGGGUUUUAUGAUGAGUGUAAGAGAAGAUACAACAUUAAGCUGUGGAAAACCUUCACAGACUGUUUUAACUGUUUACCAAUUGCAGCUAUUGUGGAUGAGAAAAUAUUCUGCUGUCACGGGGGUUUGUCACCAGACCUGCAGUCAAUGGAGCAGAUCAGACGAAUCAUGCGGCCCACUGAUGUACCAGACCAGGGUCUCCUGUGUGACCUCCUGUGGUCUGACCCUGACAAGGAUGUCUUGGGCUGGGGUGAAAAUGACAGAGGAGUGUCCUUCACUUUUGGUGCUGAAGUGGUUGCUAAGUUUCUCCACAAACAUGAUUUGGAUCUCAUAUGUAGAGCUCAUCAGGUUGUUGAAGAUGGAUACGAGUUCUUUGCAAAAAGGCAGUUGGUAACUCUCUUUUCUGCCCCGAAUUACUGUGGAGAAUUUGAUAACGCGGGUGCCAUGAUGAGCGUGGAUGAAACACUAAUGUGCUCCUUCCAGAUCUUGAAACCUGCAGAGAAGAAGAAGCCCAAUUCCAGCAGACCCGUAACACCUCCCAGGGGUAUGAUCACAAAACAAGCCAAGAAAUAGUCACUUUGGCUCUGCCUUGUUGGGACUUGUAUCAUAGUCUAUAACCUCCAUUUUUAAACCUGUCAUGUUGUGCUGUUCAGCUUGCUCAAAAUAGAUAACGUGUUUGUGGUUUUCCUUUUCCAUUUGAUGAAUGGCAUUUGCUGGUUGUAACAGCGAAUGAAAAGACUUUUCCUCCCUCCCAGGAAAAAAAAAAAAAAAAAAAAAGAGUUUCCGAGUCCCCUUUUGUCGGUGUUACAGCUGCACAGCACCCCCUGCCAGCCGGGUAAGGCACGGCUGCUGGGACUGUACCAUGAGUAGUGUGAAUCUUGUUCUUUAGGAUCUGAAGAGGGCACUCGUGUGCUGUGAGAGUAGAGGUUUGUUCCUGUCAGCGAUUACAUACUGUUUAUACAAACCACUGUGAACUUUUUUUUUUGUUUUUUACGUUAAAUUUUGUUUUAAAGGUUUGUUUUAAAGGGAUUGCUUUUCUUUUAAUGUCUUGUCUGUAGUUUUUAUUGCUGUUGACAUUAGGAAUAACCGUCAACCUUGCCAGCAUCACUGGUAGGAUAUAUAUUUAAUUCAGACACACGGUCCUCUCCUUAUACUUCAAAUGACAAUUAAAGCCAUUAUUUUAAGUGUUUGUGUCUCUUUCCUGAAGCCAAAGUUCGCUUAGAAACCCGUUUGUACACGACCCCCCCGCCGAGUUGGCCGGGCUUCCCAUCCACACCUUCCUCUCGGAGAGCAAAGGAAGUCCUGGCUGGAAAUAGCACAUAAACACUUGUCCGUGCUCAGAGUGAACACAUUUUGUACAGUUUCCUUGUGUUCCGUGGAGCAGAUCGUAGUGCUGAGACAGCAGUCCCAGGGCAGGGACAGAAAUGGCUCAGGAUCUGCCAGAAGGGGUUUGUGCGUUUCAGCCUAAAGACUUUGUUCGACAAAGAAACCCAGAAACUCGAUAAGCCAACCAGAGGUGUUACUCUUGAUCACUGGUUUAUAUAAAUCUCUCACAGAAUCUUGUUUUUUAAAAGCUGUUGAUCUUUUUUGAACAGAUGACAGUGUACAAUACCAUGUAGUGAUAAUCACUUAUUAAAUGAUGAAAUUGUUAAAUCUUCUCCGUGUUGGUUUAUCACAACCUAGACCCUGCUCUCCAAGGGCCUGACUUAGAGAAAUAAAUUGUUCUGGAAACCCA